CACUGUUCCACCGUCGUUGUCGCAAUUACAAGCAGUUCACGAAAGCACCGUCACCUCCGGAAUCAAAGAGGGUUUCGCUGUGAAAACGGUCGUAGUGUAACAGGUUGAAACCUCUGUUCGAAAGUCGAACUAUUUACGCUCGCAAUGUCCGCACCGAACGGUAAACCUGCUAUCGCAGACGGCUGGGGCAAGGUACGCAGACUAGGUCGCUGAGCCCACCAUUGCAAUGUUCACGCUUGAACUCAUCAUACCUCAGCCACCUGCUGACGCUUCGAACUGGGGAAAGCCUCCUGCUGGCACUGCAGCUCCAACAACGAAUCCGGGUUCCGCUGGCUGGGGUGCAACUCCACCACAAGCGUCCGGUUGGGGCAACCCACCCACGUCUCCAACCAAGAAACCCACCAAUGGAACGUCAGCAGCGUUGCCUACUCCUCCGACCCAAGAUAACGGCGUGAAAGAUCUGACCAACAAAGUAGAUGCGUUGACGACAGAAGACGACCUUGACGAUACUCCUAAUGCCAAGAAACAAUCCAAUUUAAUCGAAUCCAGCGAAGUUGUCGAAGUUAAGCUGGCCGACUUACAGGCUGAUGUCAAUAAUCCCCUUUAUUCGGGUGUCUCCACUUUCGAAGACCUUGGCCUUCAUCCCGAUCUGCUGAAAGGAAUCUACGCCAUGGGUUUCGAAAGACCGUCCAAGAUUCAGGAGAAGGCCUUACCCCUCCUCGUUGCCAAUCCCCCGAAGAACAUGAUUGGGCAAUCGCAAUCCGGAACGGGCAAAACCGCGGCCUUUGCUCUUACGAUGCUCAGUCGGAUCAAUUUCAGCUCCAACGUCGUGCAGGCCGUCUGUCUCGCACCUGCGCGUGAGCUUGCUAGGCAAAUCAUGGACGUUGUGAAGCUCAUGGGCAAAUAUACACCGGUCACCACCGCUUUCGCUAUCAAAGAUUCGGUUACCAGGGGUCAGAAGAUCACUGCCCACAUCGUCGUUGGAACUCCGGGAACCGUUAUUGAACUCAUCAAACGUAGAGAUCUGGACCCUACACAUAUUCGCAUCUUCGUCAUGGAUGAAGCCGAUAACAUGUUGGACCAGCAAGGGCUAGGAGACCAUAGUAUCCGCGUCAAGAAUCAAGUGCCGAAGAACUGCCAAAUCGUGUUGUUCUCGGCAACUUUCCCACCGGCCGUGCGAGAGUUUGCAGCCAGAUUUGCGCCAAACGCGAACAUGAUCUCGCUUCGUCAGGAAGAGCUUUCCGUAGAAGGCAUCAAACAAUUUUACAUGGAUUGCAAGAACGAAAACCAUAAGGUCGAAGUCCUCUGCGCAAUAUAUGGGCUUCUCACCAUUGGUCAAAGUAUCAUCUUCUGUCGGAGACGUGAUGUGGCCGAACGACUGGGUCGUGCCUUGACAGACCAGGGACACGUCUGCUUGGUUCUUCACGGAGGUUUCGACCCUCUGGAACGUGACAAAGCCAUUGACGACUUCCGUGACGGUCGAUGCAAAGUACUGAUCACGACGAACGUUAUCGCUCGAGGUAUCGACAUUCUGCAAGUGAACUUGGUCAUCAACUACGAUAUUCCUCUGGACGCAUCCUCCCAGCCGGACCCCGAAACGUACUUGCACCGUAUCGGUCGUACUGGUCGAUUCGGUCGCACUGGUGUCAGCAUCAACUUCGUCCACGACGAAAGGUCUUACUCCGAGAUGAAAUCGAUUGAAAAUCACUUUGGAAGGGAAAUCAUCCGAGUGCCCACUGACAAUUACAUGGAAGUCGAGAAGAUCCUGAAGAAAGCUGUCAAGUCCUAAACGCCACUUGCUGCACCAUGCUGCAUGAACACCACAACUCCUCGAGCCGAAGUCCGUCAUGCUUGCAAUGCGGUCUUAGGGUAGUCAUUUCAAGGAGCACGUCCGACCCCGUCUCCUUCAUUACCUGUUUCAAGGCAGUUCGGCCUUGGUCCUUGCAUGCCAUUUUAUUGUAAAUACAUGAAUUGGAAUCACUGAGAAUUCGACAGCAUA